AUGCUCGGGUUCCUUCGCAAGAAGAACGAGCAGCUUCCUGCUAAGGACGCCGCGUCAACGCCGAACGACUUUCUCCCACAGAUGAUGCAGCAGCGCGAGUAUGCCCAGUCUAUCAACUCCGAGUACCUCGAAAAGAGUGCCGCAGACGAGAACUGGAUCGAUGCUCGCGAUGGCUACCAGGUCAUGGCUGCUCAUCUCUGGAAAACGUGCACCCGCCGCAGCUUCUUCUCCGAAGACCCUGAGGUGCCAAGCGGUGUGGCGAUUCGAUUCUCCAAAGGCCAAUACGUGGUCUGCCCCGCACAAGACGAGAGGCUCGGGAACUUCUGCCGCGCAGUUGCCAUCCUCAACUGCGAGGCCGCCAUGACCAUCACUUCUCCCGUCGUCUCUGCCAUCAACACCCGUCUGGCUCCCGGUACCGAGCAGAUUCCUAUCACUGCUUCCCAACACAUUCAGGUGGUCGACACCAUGGAGCAGCUCGCCGGUGCGAGAAAGGCGCAAAACGCCUGCUUCAUCCGCCGCGAGAACACCGUCGUCGUCUGGAGCGACCGCGUCGAGCAGCUCGAAGCUCGCGCGCAAGAGCUCGAGGAGGGCAUGAUCAAGUUCGUCUGGACCAGUUCCUUCAAGAACAACACAAGCAACUUGACCUCGGCGGCCUCCACUCCCAACGCCACGGACGCUGCCAUGAGCCGAUUCAACCGCAACCAAGCUCACUUCCGCACGCUUUCGAGCAACGGUCACAACACCCCAUCGGAAGGUCACUCGAGGACACCUUCGAACCCUUUCGCCGGCUCGCCGGGCUCCAACUCUCCUCAGAGUCCCGAAUGGGCGAACAACGCCUCCAGCGAUCCCGAGAAGCAGGACCAGCCGGGCACCGAAGAGAGGCCGGUCUUCUACCAAGCCGCUCUCCAGCACGGUCUGGCCGUCGGUCUCGAUGUGGUGCUGUGCUUCCUCUUCAUCUCGAGCCUUUUCCAGUACUCGCUCAUUGACGGUCAGUGGGUUCGCAUGGCGCUCGCAGCAGUUACCUUGGUAAUGUUCCCCGUCAUCAUGUUCUUCUGCGACAACGUCAUUGGCAUCGUCUUCCAGAUUCUCGGUCCCAUUCGCCAGCUCCACACCAACUCUCAGUACUUUUCGGGCAAGGCGCCCACUCGCAUCACGGGAGCCCUGCCUCACAUCACGAUCCAGAUGCCCGUGUACAAGGAGUCUCUCGAGGGAGUGCUGAUGCCCACCAUCGAGUCGGUCAAGAAGGCGAUCAGCACCUACGAGCUGCAGGGCGGCACCGCAUCCAUCAUCAUCUCGGAAGAUGGAAUGCAGCUCGUCUCUGCUGAGCAGCAGGCCAUCCGCCAGGACUACUACGAGAAGAACAACAUCGGCUGGGUCGGCCGUCCCGCGCACGGCACCGAUGGCUACGUGCGAAAGGGUCGCUUCAAGAAGGCCUCGAACCUCAACUUCACCUGCCAGCUGUCCCUCGCCGUCGAGAAGAUGAUGUCCGAAUACCGUCCUCAGGAGGCUGAGCCGCUUGCUCUGUGGACGGAAGCUGAUGAGACCGAGCUCUACGAGCACUGCCUGCAAGACUGCCUUCCCAAGCUUCACGCUCUGGCUCAGGCCAAGGGCAACGUGCGUAUCGGCGACCUGGUCCUCCUCAUCGACUCGGACACUCGUGUGCCCGAGGACUGCCUCCUCGAUGCUGCUUCCGAGAUGGUCCAGUGCCCCGACGUCGGUGUCCUGCAGCACUGCUCCGGUGUCAUGCUCGUUACCAACAGCUACUUUGAGCGCGCCAUUGCCUUCUUCACUCGCCUUGUCAACUUCUCCAUCUCGUACACGGUCGCCGCUGGUGACGUCGCCCCCUUCAUGGGACACAACGCCUUCCUGCGAUGGUCUGCGAUGCAGGAGGCCGCCUUUGUCGAUGAGGAGGAUGGUGUCCGCAAGGUCUGGUCCGAGUCGCACGUGUCCGAAGACUUCGACAUGGCUCUGCGUCUGCUCAUGAAGGGAUACGUUGUCCGAUGGGCUACCUACUCGAACAACGAGUUCGAGGAGGGUGUCUCGCUCACCUGCGAUGACGAGCUCAACCGAUGGCAGAAGUACGCGUUCGGCUGCUCCGAGCUGGUCUUCAACCGCAUCUGGCAGUGGCCGUACAAGGGUCCCUUCUCCAAGCUCUUCCGAACCUUCCUGUGGAGCGACGCCCCGCUUCACUACAAGUUCUCGGCAUGCUCGUACAUCUUCUCGUACUACGCCAUCGCCUGCGCUCUUCCGCUCUCCAUCGCUCUCUACCUCGUCCAGGGUUGGUUCUACCCGGUGCUGCUGCCCACCUUCCUGCCUCCGUUCAACAUCUGGGUCGCCGUCGUGUUCGUCUUCAGUAUCGGCGGCAACGUGGCGCAGGUCAUCGCCCGAUACCGCGCCCAGACGGACGGUCUCUGGAACUUGAUCAAGGCGCACGCCGUCUGGUUCCCGAGCAUGUUCAUCUUCUUCGGCGGUCUCUCGUACCACGUCGCUGCCGCUCUCGGUGCCCACAUCGUGGGUGUCAACAUGACCUGGGGCGCCACGAUCAAGGAUCUCGAGGACAGCAACUUCUUCGUCGAGGUUCCUCUCAUCCUCAAGAGGUUCUGGAAGGUCUUCCUCAUCGCCGUUGCCGCCAUUGCAGCUGUGAUCGUCUUCCAGCUGCCUGGAGUCAUUCCUCUGCAAUGGCAGAUCGAAGGAUUCUUCAUCUACUGGCCUCUACUCCUCAUUUCUAUGCUGCACAUCCUCUAUCCCAUCGCACUUAACCCUGCGCUCCUCCGAUUCUCUUUCUAA